GCCCAUGAAGGAAUCACACGAAACGUCGACGUAUUACACACUCUCCCCUUUCUAUUUCCCCUAGCCCUAAUCAACAAUAUAUACAACAAAUUCGUUUCAUAGAGAUCGAAAUUCUCCAUUGAUUUCUCACAGAAUCACCUUUCGUACACGUUUUCGUUGGUUGCAUCAUCUUGAUCGUUAUGGCUAAAAGCUCGUUCAAAUUGGAACAUCCUCUUGAGAGGCGCCAAGCGGAAGCUGCUCGCAUCAGGGAGAAGUAUCCCGACAGAAUUCCGGUCAUUGUAGAGAAAGCUGAACGAAGCGACGUACCUGACAUUGACAAGAAAAAAUAUCUGGUGCCUGCUGAUCUCACCGUUGGACAGUUUGUUUAUGUGGUCCGAAAGAGGAUUAAGCUCAGUGCUGAAAAGGCUAUCUUUAUCUUUGUUAAAAACGUUCUUCCACCCACUGCUGCAAUGAUGUCUGCAAUCUAUGAGGAAAACAAAGAUGAAGAUGGCUUCCUAUACAUGACAUACAGUGGUGAGAACACAUUUGGAUUGCUCUGAAGCUGUUUGGAAGACUACAAUCUAUGUAAAUAUGGUUUAUUAUGUGUACAUUCUUUAAUCAAUCAUGGUCACUUUGUUUGGUUUCGCGGUACUUGUGACUUGUUUCGUGUGAUGGUUUACUCGUAAACAAAUUUAAUAGUACGUGUUUGUUCUACGUUUUUAA